AUGACCAGGCAAGACAUCAAUGAGAAUCACGGACCUACCGACCUCGAACGACAUGUCUCGUUCUGGGAUCGUGACGGGGAUGGAGUGAUCCACGUGUCCGAUGUUUGGAAUGGAUUCCGUGAGCUCGGAUUUUCCAUCCCUUACAGCCUCAUCAGCCUAUUCAUUCCCCUCCUAUUCUCGUACGCAACUCAGUCAGGUCAUCCCAAAUGCACGAGACGAGACCCUCGAUUCCGAAUCUGUGUAUACAACAUUCACCGUACCAUCCAUAGCAGUCAUUCCGAGGUGUUUGACGAUCGGGGCCGCUUUAACCAGGUGAAAUUCGACGCCAUGUUCAAGCAAUUCGACGUGGGAAACAAGGACUAUCUUAGCACCUGCGAGUUUCUGCGAAUGUGGAGAUCAAAUUGCGACCCUUGCGAUUUUGGAGGCUGGCUUUACAGUUUUAUGGAACUCUUCACUACAUGGCUACUCAUUCAGAAGAAUGGACAGAUAGCGAGAGCAGAACUCCGCGGAGUCUACGACGGAAGCCUGUUCUAUUCCAUCAAGGAGUCCAGACACUUUAAGAGAAUUCAGAAGAGGUAA